CUCAAAACCUAGGGGGUUUUUACGGAACAUCCAGUAGAGGGAAGGUCGAGUAUAUCUUACGUUUCUAGACUCCGGGAAAUAAAUGAUAUGUUUGGCUUGGUAUAGAAGUGUGAACCUCUGAGGACAAUUCAGUAGAAAGAGAUAUUGUGCGUCAGAGUCCAUUCAGAACCCGUCUUGGUUUAUCAUCUAACUUAUUAUCCAUGUUCAAUUUUUGUAUGUAGAACAUCGGAGAUGUUGAUUAUAUCACAUCAUCAGAGGGGGUACAGAAAGCACUAAAAUUAUUAGAGGUUACUGAAGAGGGAAAGGGGAAUAAUGAGGCAUAUCGCUAACAUAACCAGAGAUGAAUUAUCACCCUCCAGAAAGAUGGAUGGCUUCUCACCGGUUGAUGGCUAUAUAGAGAUAACUGAAUGCCUGGCAGAAAUGAUGAAGUGCCUCGCUAAUGAACCCUCUGUAGGGCUUUUCUACAUUCAACAGCAUACCCAGAAUACUGUGCCUAAUCUUGUUAGUCUAAAAAAUAAUGCAAGUGGAAAGUCCCAUGAGUUGAGUUUGCAAACAGAAGAUUUAGAUGAAUCAGUCACCAUGGUAAGAUCAAUAAAAGAAUGUGGGUUUCCCAUUAUUGAUGAGAUGGUCAAUGACAUUACAAAAUCUCUGGCGAUUACAUCAACAAAGAAACUGAGAAAGGGGUUAGUUAAUAAGUCAAAUCCACGGUUUCAAUUGGGAAGAACAAGCUCUUGGUCUUUGCGCCCAUGGAUGCAUAAAGCAGAUUUAUCACCACAAUGUAGUAGAAGCACCAACAGUUAUUUUACUACAAAGUUCGAGUCAGCACAAGAAAGAGCAGACAAUCUGAAUUUUCUUCAGCUGGAUUCUACUGAAGUGAGUCAAACAACUGGUGAAAGGCUUCCAUCCAAUCUCAACAACGCAUUGUCACAUGCAGCUGCCACCACCUCUUCAACUGAGAUUGAAGUUGAAGAACUUCCAGUAUCAUGUCAAAUUGCUGAAGAGCUGCAAGAUGAUUAUCAAACUGAUGCAGACUUGACCAAUGGUCAGUUGCCAUUUAAACCAGAUAAGUUCGAUGCCUUUAAUACUGAUAAAGAAGCAAAAUUAGAAGAAUGGUUGAACGGGACAAGCAAUCAUCUUUCUCGUACUGGAAAAAUUGCCACAGAAAACAUGACAACGCACAUAGAUGCUGAUAAGGUCUUGACUUCUAAAUGACAUAUCUGAUAAACAAUUACGAUUGCUACUUGUAAGUUGCAACAAAUAAAAGAUUAAUAUAUAACAUACCUUUGUAUUUGUACAUCA